AUGGCUACUCCAAUGAACGAUAAUAAUGUUGAAAAACUUCUUGAACCAUUUCGCGCAGCAGUUAAAGUUCAAGGUGAUCUUGUUAAACAAAUGAAAGAUAAUAAUGUUAACAAAGAAGAUGCUGAAUUUAAACAAGCUUUAAAUGAACUUAAAAUACGAAAAAAAACACUUGAGGAUCAAAUUACAAAAUGUAUGCCAAAAGAAGAAAGUAUUGAUCGAUUAAAAAUGGAAGAUUUACUCAAACGAAGAUUUUUUUAUGAUCAAUCAUUUUCAAUCUAUGGUGGUGUUAAUGGUCUUUAUGAUUAUGGUCCAAUGGGUUGUGCAAUCAAAGCUAAUAUGUUAGCAGAAUGGCGUCGACAUUUUAUUCUUGAAGAACAAAUGCUCGAAGUCGAUUGUUCUAUAUUAACACCAGAAAUCGUUCUCAAAGCAUCAGGUCAUGUUGAUCGAUUUGCUGAUUUUAUGGUUAAAGAUGUUAAAACAGGUGAAUGUUUUCGAGCUGAUCAUUUAAUUGAAGCUCAUCUUGAAAAAUUACUCAAAGCAAAAGAUAUAACCAGUGAAAAGAAAACUGAAAUUGAACGUUUAUUACCACAGAUUGAUAAUAUGAAAGGACCAGAUAUGCAAAAAAUAAUUGAACAAUACAAAAUGAGAUCACCUAUAACAAAUAAUGAUCUAUCAGAACCUGUUUCUUUUAAUUUAAUGUUUGCUACUUUGAUUGGUCCAACUGGUCAAUUAAAAGGUUUUCUUCGACCAGAAACAGCUCAAGGCAUGUUUGUUAAUUUCAAACGUUUAUUAGAAUUUAAUCAAGGUCGUUUACCAUUUGCUGCUGCUCAAAUUGGUAAUUCAUUUCGAAAUGAAAUUUCACCACGUUCAGGUUUAAUUCGUGUUCGUGAAUUUACUAUGGCUGAAAUUGAACAUUUUGUUGAUCCAACAGAUAAGAGUCAUCCAAAAUUUGAAACUGUUGCCAAUCUUAAAAUUCAAUUAUAUUCAGCAUCAAAUCAAAUGAGUGGUGAAUCACCUCAAUUAGUACGUGUAGGUGAUGCUGUUCGUUCAAAAUUAAUUAAUAAUGAAACUCUUGGUUAUUUCAUCGGUCGUAUUUAUUUAUUUAUGACGAAAGUUGGUAUUGAUAAACAACGAUUACGUUUUCGUCAACAUAUGAGUAAUGAAAUGGCUCAUUAUGCAUGUGAUUGUUGGGAUGCUGAAUGUAAAACAAGUUAUGGUUGGGUUGAAUGUGUUGGUUGUGCUGAUCGAUCAUGUUAUGAUUUAACACAACAUACAAAAUUUAGUGGUGAACGUCUUGUUGCUGAAAGACCAUUAGCAGAAUCAAAAAAAAUUGAACUUAGUGAAGUACAAGCACAUGCAAAUGUUAUUGGUAAAACAUUUGGUAAAGAUACAGGUGUAAUAACACAGCAUCUACAAAAAUUAUCUCAUGAUGAUGCACGAGUUUUACAUGAUAAACUUGAAAAAGGCGAUGAAAAAAUUACUAUCGAUGGUAAAGAAUUUAGUAUAACAAGAAAAAUGUUUACAUUUCGAACAUUUGAAAAAACAGUACAAGUUGAAGAAUACGUUCCAUCAGUUAUUGAACCAUCAUUUGGUAUUGGUCGUAUUAUGUAUGCUAUGUGGGAACAUAACUUUCGAAUUCGACCAGAAAGUGAACAACGAACAUAUUUUACAUUACCACCAUUAAUUGCACCAUAUAAAUGUGUUAUUUUACCAUUGAGUGGAAAUGAGGAAUUUAAACCAUUUGUUAGAGAUAUUUCUGCUCUUCUAACACAAGGUGGUAUUUCUCAUAAAAUUGACACGAGUAGUGGUAGUAUUGGUCGACGUUAUUCACGUUCAGAUGAAAUUGCAAUACCAUUUGCAAUUACAAUUGAUUUCGAUACACUUCAACAACCAUACACAGUCACAUUACGUGAACGUGAUACAUUUAAACAAAUUCGUGCUAAAAUUGAUGAAAUGACAAAUAUUCUUCAAGGCCUUUCAAUUGGUACAAUAACUUGGGGUGAAAAGGAGAUGUCGACAUUCAAUGAUGAUAGUCGGACAAAAAGUUCAAAUAUUAAUUGUAAUGAUUGGAAAUCUGUUCGUGAAACACAUCAAUCUGGAGAACUUGAUAAACAAAACGUUAUAGAUCAAUCGGAACAAAAACGCCAACGUCGACCUGUUUUAACUAAUACAUCGACUGUAUCAACGAAAGCAAAUGUACCGAGUCAAAAACAUCAAGUUCGUCAAUUAGUUGAUCGUGCUCGAGAACUUCAAAAAGGAAUUGUACCAGAUCUUCUUCUCUAUCAAAUACCAACAACCUAUUCACCAUUUUCAGCUGUAACACCAAGUUCAAAUGUUAGCCGAGGAAGUAUAUCAGCAAAUCCAUUUCGACAAAGUAUUUCAAUUAGUUCAGCUUCAUCAAAUUCUUCUAUAGCUAAUCAAAAAUUGAAUUUAUCAUCAAGAUUUCUUGAACGAGCUCAUCAAAUACCUGAAAGAUUUUGGAUAGAUUGGCAACAAAAACAAAUGCAAGAUCGAAUAGAAGAAUUGGAAUGUAUUAAAAAUAAUAUUGGUUGCAGUUCAUGUUCAUCAUUAGUUUCUAAUGAAACUGAUGAAAAUGCAAUAGAUAUUUCAAAAUUAGAUUAUCCUACUAGUUAUGAAAAACUUUAUCGACAAAGUCUUCUAUAUUUACAAGAAGCACAAAGAUUAACGAAUGAGCAUAGUGUUAAUCUUGCUCAAACAACAAAUGCUGAUACAAAAAAUACUAAAGAUACAUCUGAUAUGUCUGAUGAAGAUGAUCAUCAUUCGUUUAAUUUUGAUCAACGAUCAGAAGAAACUCUUGACACAGCACAUUUAAAUGAUCUCAAUGCAAUUCCAUCUGAACCAUCGAUUUCGAUGCCAUCUGUUCAACAAUCUCAAUCAAAUGUUGAUCGUUCUCGUUCAACAAUAUCUUUACCAUUUACAUAUACACAUACACGAGAAUUACCAAUAAUUCGUACUAAUUAUCGUCAAUUAUCCAUUGAACCAAUGCUAGAAAAGGUCACUGACAUUAAUGACAAUGAUUUGAUACAAACAACUUCAUCGAAUAAUAACAAUGAUGAUGUAGCACAAAUCGAUACUGAAUUUAAUCUUACAUUAAUUAAACGAGAACAUCCAAAACAAAUCAAACCAUUAUUAUAUUCCAAAACAACUGUCAAUCGUAGUAUUGAAUUUCGUAAAUUUCGACCGAUGUCAUUUGAGAAUAAAAAGACAUCAUUAAAAACAAAUCAAACAAUUCUUAUUCCAGUAUUGAAAAGAAAGGAGAUACAUGAUAAUCGAUCAUCUUCACCGGUACGCUCCUUUCAAUCACCUCGAUUAGGAUUCGCAUCCGACGAUCAUGGCAAACGUCUUAAUCAUGAUAUUCGAUCUAUUCCAAUAUCAACAACAUCAUUAAAAAACAAUCUCACAUUACUCAACGAUUCAUUUUAUUGUGCAAAAGAAAACAAUAAUAAUAAUAAUAAUCAUCAUCAUCCAACUAAUAGCACAACAACAUUGAACAGUUUUCAUAAUUCUUCAAUUCUUUCUAGUAAAAGAACAUUUAAAUGGAAACAGAAUGAUAGUGGUUUUCAUCGAGACAUGCUUUCUAACGAUAGCGAUGACGACAACCAACAAGUCACGCGUUCUUUAUCAUCAUCAGCUGCAUCGACGGUAGACCGCUUUAUUCGACGUCAAUACAGAAAACAAACAAGGUUAAAAAGGAAAACUGAAACCAUGGCUGAUAGUCAUGGUAGUACAAAAAAUUCUAAUUCAAUAUUAAAGAAAAAAAGUAUUCGUGUUUUUAUUCGUCGUCGUCGCCGCACGAUGAAACGUGGAAAACGUAUUUUUCUUCAUGCAUCACCAUCCAUUGAUUUACACAAAUCAAUGUCAUCAUCAUCGAAUAAUGUUCAAGAAUUAGUUUCAAUAAUAGAACGAAAAAUAAAUAACAAACAAGAUAAAUUUCGACAUAAGAAAAAUAUUAUUGUGGUUAAUUAUAAACCUGUUUUUGUUAAUAAUCAUGAAGAAAAAUCCUUUCAAAAUACUAAAUCAACAUCAAAUCCAAUAUCUAACACAAAAUCUAUUCACACUGAUGAUGAUUUUUCAUCUCCAAGUCAUUAUAGUCGACAACCUAGUUUCACAACAGUAACAUCCGAUGGUUUACCGUUGCGUUCAAUGUCGAAUAGUUCACAUUAUCAACGAUCACUUUCACUUGACGUACCUGAUGUUGAAGACCCAUUAAAAUUUAUUGAAAUAAUGUAUCAACAAUUAUUUACUGAAGAUGGUCGUUUACGUAGUGAAACAGAACCAUCAGCAUUUGCAAAUUGUGUUCAACAAAUAGUAACGAAUUCAAGAAGAAAUUCUGUAUCAUCAGCAUUUACAAAUCGAUCCACACCAUCACAUUUAAAACAUAUGAAUCAUGAUACAAAUUAUCAACAACGAAAAUUUUCAUCAUCUUCAAAUAAUCAUCAUCAUCAUCGUAUUCAACCAUUAAAAGCUAUUUCAUUAUCAUCAUCACCUCAUAUUAUUCUUAGUGAACAUUCUAAUACAUAUAGUGAAGAGGAAGAAGAAGAAGAAGAAGAAGAAGGAGAAGAAGAAGAAACUCAAACGUUCAUGCGAACAAAUAAUCGACAUCCAAUAAUCAAGACUGAUAAUGGUACACCUCGACAAAAUACCGAUAAUCAUUUUCAACAUCAUACAUCUCCAAAUUGGCAUCAUCCAAGAGAAUUAUUAAAAAAUCACCCAGCAACAGGAGGUAAUGGUUUCCGUAUAUCUAUAGAUGAUACGGGUAGUGAUGAUCUUGAUACAUUGUCUGAUGUUGAUUUUAUGCACUUUAAUAAUAUAAUAAUGCAAGCAUCACCCAGUGGUGAUGAAGAUUUAACACAUACAGAUUCAAGACAAUUAUCAUCUGGUUAUCAAUCAUUAGAUCGUUCAAGAAAAUCUGUUGAACCACAAAAAUCAAUAAAAUUGAAAUCUUAUUCAGAAAAUGAUUUAUUUCAUUCUGAAAAUAAAAAUCAUAUUCAUUAUUGUACAAAUUGUAUACGUUCACCAAAUGUAAUUGUGAUACCACCUAUAACAUCAACAUCACUAUCAUUAACAAAUAUCAUUAAACGAAUACAACAACCAAUUGGAAAGAUUUUAAUGAAAUAUGUUAAUUUUAUUCUUAUUUCAAAAAAUGUUCUUCUUUUACCAUUAUUUAUUUUUCUUCUACGCCAACGAUCAAUUCAUAUAGGAGUUUAG